CACGUCUGUGUAGUAUCAGUGAAUCUCGGCUGUGAACAACUGGAUGCCUGCGACAGGACAUAGCGAUGCGACAGGGCCACACACGAGGCUUUCUGACCAAGCAUGCCGCCUGGAGCUAGGCUCCAACUGUCAAUAGAGCCUGCAACGAUCAACACUCUGCUCCGCUAGACAGGAUGGCCGAGGCGGGCGAAGCACCUGCUCUGGACCCGGUUUCGCAAGCACGAACCACGCCGGAAGGACCUGGCAGCCCCGCGGAGGAUGCACUGCGCAAUGGCACAAGUGACGGGCCGAAGCAGGAGGUGAGCCCGGAGCCGGCUUUCCCGCUGCUGCAGAACAACGCAAGCAGCGAGACCCUGUCUCAAGCAGUGCCACAGCCUAAGGGUGCCGACGACAACGGCGAAGAGCCAGCCAUCGCGCAGCCGUUCCUGCGUACAAGCCGGCCCGAUAUGGCGUCGCGGGAGACCUCGCCUCCGGAUGAUGACAGAACCAAGCCGGACGAUGUCUACACCAUGUCCAGGUUCACCCUGUACGAGACCUCGGGCCAGUACUACAUCGUGGGCGGAGAUGCCACCGAGAAGCGCUACCGUGUGCUCAAGAUUGACCGCGACAGCCAGGAUGGGGAGCUUAGUAUCCAUGACGACAAGGUCGUCUACACGCAGAAGGAGAUGAAUGUCCUGCUGGACACCAUCGACGAUGGAAACAAGAACAAAGGAGGCAUCAAGCAGCGGUGCACGACCUGGGGACUACUGGGCUUCAUCAAGUUCACAGGUCCUUACUACAUGCUUCUCAUCACCAAGAAGAGCAUCGUCGCCAUGAUCGGGGGUCAUUAUGUAUAUCAAGUGGACGGCACAGAGUUGAUCCCCCUGACGCCGGGCAAGUACAAGCCCAGUGCGGCGAACCCUGAGGAGUCGCGGUUUCUGGGGAUCUUGAACAACUUGGACCUCACUCGAUCGUUCUACUUCAGCUAUUCUUACGAUAUCACCCGGACAUUGCAGUUCAACAUCACUCAAGAACGACUCGCCAAUGCAGAGGGCCUCCUGAGAGAGCCGUUUGACAAUAUCAACUCCAUGUUUGUCUGGAACACGCAUUUGUUGCAGCCGACUGAAGGAAUCCUCCAGCACCCCUUCGACUGGUGCAGGCCGAUUGUCCACGGUCACAUCGACCAGGCAGCUCUGUCGAUAUAUGGACGCGUGGCCUACAUCACGCUGAUUGCGAGGCGGUCCCGGUUCUACGCAGGUGCCAGGUUCCUGAAGCGCGGCACCAACGAUUUGGGAUAUGUCGCCAAUGAUGUCGAGACGGAGCAGAUUGUGUCCGAUUCCUUGACUACCUCUUUCCACGCGCCAGGGCCCAAGCUCUACGCCAGCCCGCAAUUCACCUCUUAUGUACAGCAUCGUGGCAGUAUUCCCCUCUAUUGGUCGCAAGACAGCACUGGUGUGACACCGAAGCCGCCUAUUGAGCUGAACCUGAUUGAUCCUUUCUAUACACCAGCGGCGUUGCACUUUGACAACUUGUUUGAGCGGUAUGGCUCGCCCGUAUAUGUCUUGAAUCUGAUCAAGGCCAAAGAACGGCAACCAAGAGAGAGCAAGCUGCUCGAUGAAUACACCAAAGCCAUCGACUACCUCAACCAGUUUCUCCCAGAAGAACACAAAAUCAUACACAAGGCGUGGGACAUGAGCCGAGCCGCCAAGAGUAAGACUGGUAACGUCAUCGAUACCCUCGAGAGCAUCGCAGAGACUGUCAUCACGACCACGGGGUUUUUCCAGAAUGGCGAUGGUGACAUCACGCCAUCCAUGGUACAAAACGGCGUGGCGAGAACGAAUUGCAUCGACUGCCUCGACCGCACGAAUGCGGCACAGUUCAUCCUCGGCAAGAGAGCAUUGGGCCAUCAGCUCCAUGCACUGGGCGUACUACAGGAGACGUACAUCGAAUACGAUACGGAUGCCGUCAACAUGCUGACCCACAUGUACCACGACCACGGCGAUUCUAUUGCUGUGCAGUAUGGUGGCUCCCAGCUGGUCAACACCAUGGAGACGUAUCGCAGAAUCAACCAGUGGACGAGCAACUCGCGCGACAUGAUUGAGAGCUUCAAGCGCUACUACAACAACUCGUUCCUCGAUAGCCAGCGGCAAGAGGCAUAUAAUCUGUUCCUGGGCAACUACAUCUUCGCCCAGGGACAGCCCAUGCUGUGGGAUCUGUCGACGGAUUACUACCUUCACCACGCCGACCCACGAGCUUGGUCACAAAAGGCACAGCACAACUACGUGAAAUGGUUCAACGCCGCCAAUCUUGAGAAGAGGGUCCUGCCCCCAUACGUACCACCGCCGCCGGGACUAAACGACAAGCCAGUCUCCUAUUUCGAUGACUACUGGCUAGAAUACUAUAGACCAGCCACGCUGUCGUCGUUCCAAAAGAUGUUCCCGUAUAAAAUGAACUCGACGAUCAGGUACAUCCCAGUGAAGCAGGCGGAGCAGGGCAAAUACGAUCUCAGCCCAUUCAAGGUCCGCGUCGAGGGCGACCACGAGGUGCAUGAACGCAAAAAGGCGGCGGCGGCGGCCAAGAAGGGCGUCGUGAUUGUCGACCCCAGCAAGCCGACACCGAUACCAGAGGAAGACAACGAGUCAACGCAGCAAGGGAGCAGCUCGCGGGGAAUAUCCCUCCAGCGUUGGCUGCAGCCACACCACGACGAUAACAAAUCCAGCGGCGCCCCGCAUGGCAUCAUGAAGAGCGUCUCGGAGCAGCAGCAGCACAAUGACCCUCUGUCAGCCUCGGCCGACGGAUCCAAGCACAAGCGCACGCCCCAGGAGAAGACGAGGGCGGCGCAGGGCACCUUCACGAAGCUGAUCCACGAGUCUCUCAACCCGAGCGUCAGCCUGCAAGAGACGGACGACUACGCGCGGUACGUGCGGCACCCAGAGACCCUGCCGCUCGUCAUAUCCAGCGACGCCCCGCCCGACGUGGACUCGACAGAGUACCAGGAAUACCUGAACAGCGGGAGCUGGCAGACGGACGGGGGCGGCCUGCUCGGCGUCACGACAACCAUAUCCACCACGGGGGCGGGCAACACGACCAUCCCUACCACGGCGGUGGGCGCCGGCGCAGGCACGGUGGCGACGAGCGAGGACGACCUCGCCGCGUACUGGGAGCAGCUGCGCGUCGCCGAGAACCCGCUGACCGUGACGGACGACGACUUCACCAAGAAGAGAUACAAGGCGUAUCGCAAGUGGCUCAGAGGCAAGUCCCUGUUCAAGCAGCAGCCCGUCGACUAGGUCUCGGCUGGGGGCUAUGCGGCCGCAACAGCGGUCGGGACCGGGGUCGGGAAAGGCGGUGGUGGUAGUGACGGUGGGCUCGGUGGUAUUGGUUGUUGUGACGACAAUGACUGUGGCCUAGGCAAGAGGGCGUCGAUCUUGUCAUCGGGGGCCGAAGACUCGGGGCUCAUGAUGCGUGUUGGGGGCGAUGGUGGCUUUGACGAGGAGUACGGCGGCUGUAACUCUGUGGAAGCAACGCCUAUGACUGACAUAUUCGACCUGGAAGAUUGAGGCCCACUAUCUGUUUCUGGGCCUAGUCUAGUAUAUGUACUUCUGCAAGCGAACGGCCAGCGAGCGGCUCUUGUUAUUAGUUUAACUUUAAACUUGUUGGGAAAGACUUCAAUAGAGAUCUCGAGAUUAUCAAAGAUGUUGAGGUUGCGCAGGGACGGCUCGAAACCCGUAGCUUCUAAAGCCAGCCGCGUCGAUCACCGCGACCAAAGCUGGAGUCUUCCAUCAA